AAACUUUUCACUUUCUGAGUCUUUUUCUUCUUCUCCUAAACUCUCCUAAUUUCGCCUUUUAAUUUCUUACCACAAAUUCCACCUCUUCAUCUUGUAAACAGUGCUUGCUAGUAGAAUUGACUGUUAAGAAAUCCAGUAGACCAUCGUAUCUCAAAUUUCAGACCAAACCAAUCACCAUGCCUGUGGCAGAGCUUUUUCUCUCUGCUUUCCUUCAAGUUCUGUUCGACAGAUUGGCGUCCAAAGAGUUGCUGAAUUUUGUGCGUAGGAACGGGGUAGAUUCAAAGCUAACAGAGUGGAAAAGAACGUUGAAAAUGAUUCAGGCCGUGCUCAGAGAUGCAGAGGAGAAGCAACUGAAGAACGAGGCUGUGAAAAUGUGGCUGGAUGAUCUCCAAGAUUUGGCUUAUGAUGCAGAGGACAUUUUGGAUGAGUUUGCGACGGAAGCUAUAGGGGACGAGGUGGAGGCAGAAGAUGGUGCUAGCACUAGCAAGGUACGCAGAUUUAUCCCUGCUUGUUGCAAUGCUUUGACUCCAAGUACUGUGAAGUUCAACAUCAACAUGGGGAACAAGAUAGAUGGUAUUACUACCCGAUUGGAGAAUCUCUGCAAACAAGGAACUGAGCUUGGGUUGGAGAGAAAUGAUGGAGCCACAUCAAAUGCUGCAUGGAAAAGACCGGACAGUACAUCUGUGCCAAUGGAGCCUGCUGUUUUUGGGAGGAAGAAAGACAAAGCCAAGAUACUUCAAAUGGUGUUAAGUGAGGGAUCAAGUGAAGCCAACUUUUGUGUUAUACCCAUUGUCGGUAUGGGAGGAAUUGGUAAAACAACACUUGCUCGAGAGGUCUACAAUGAUGAAGAGGUUAUCAAAGUUUUCAAUACAAGAGCAUGGACGUGUGUCUCAGAUGAUUUUGAUGUUCUGCGCAUCUCCAAGGCUAUUUUUGAGUCAAUCACUGCAUCAACUUGCACUCUAACACACUUAAAUGAAGUGCAGGUUCAGCUCAAAAACAAUAUAGCGGGGAAAAAAUUCUUAUUAGUCUUGGACGAUGUUUGGAGUAGGGAUUAUGACCUGUGGGAAGCCCUAAAGUCUCCAUUCUUGGCUGGAGCACCAGGAAGUAAAAUAAUUGUAACUACACGCAGCAAAGAUGUUGCAUCGACAAUGGAACUAGAAGCAUGUUAUAACUUGGAGCUUCUGCCAGAAGAUGCCUGCUGGGCCAUAUUUGAGAAGCAUGUAUCUGGAAGUAGAGUUAUUACUGCAAGAAAGAAUAUGGAAUUACUUCGCGAGAAAGUUCUUAAAAAGUGUAAAGGCUUGCCAUUGGCAGCAAGAACGCUAGCUGGCCUUUUACGCUCUAAGCAAAAAUAUGAUGAAUGGGUGGAUAUAUUGGACAGUGAAAUUUGGGAUUUGCCAGAGGAAAGUAAUAUUCUCCCAGUCUUAAAAUUAAGUUAUCAUCAUCUUCCGUCGCAUCUUAAGAGAUGUUUUUCUUAUUGUGCAAUUUUUCCGAAGGAUUAUGAAUUCGAGAAGGAAGAACUUGUACUUUUGUGGAUGGCAGAAGGACUUAUUCAACAAUCAAACCAUAAGAAGCAACUAGAAGACCUAGGCGGCGAGUAUUUUUGUGAGUUAUUGUCUAGGUCAAUUUUUCAACAAUUGAGUAAUGAUAGUUUGAAAUUUGUGAUGCACGACCUUGUCCACGAUUUGGCCCAAUGGAUUUGUCAGCAGAAGAGUUUUAGAUUUGAGGAUGAAUCGAGUGUCAUGCAAAUAGAAAGACGUGAAAGGAUUCGACACUCUUCUUACACAUAUAGAAUGUACGAAGUUGAGAAGGAUUUCAAAGUCUUCUAUGGAGUUGAGCAGCUACGGACGUUCCUAAGAAUAUUAGGGCCAUCAAAGCCAAUAUAUGGUCCGAGUUACAUAAGUCUAUCAAUCUUUCCCAAUUUAUUGCCAAAGCUGAAAAAAUUGAGAUCACUAUCUUUAACAAACUAUUGUGCAAUUGAACUACCCGACUCAAUCGGAGAUUUAAAACAUUUGAGGUACCUCAAUCUUUCUCAAACUCAAAUGACAAAUCUACCUGAGUCAACAAGUACACUAUUCAAUUUACAAAGUUUGUUAUUAAGAGGUUGUUCUCAUCUCAAAAAGUUGCCUUUACAAUUGGGAGAUUUGGUCAAUCUUCACCAUCUUGAUAUUAGAGGUGCAAGACUUAUAAGAGAAAUGCCUUUGGGAGUGAAAAAACUGAAAUGUAUUCGAACUUUAUCUAAUUUUGUUGUGGGUGAAGGUGUCGUAUCUAGUUUGAAAGAUUUGAAAGAACUAAAGUUUAUUCGUGGAGAACUUUAUAUUUCAAGGUUAGAGAAUGCAAUUGAUUGUCAUGAAACAAGAGAUUCUAUAUUGUGUGAUAAGAAGGACUUGGAAGUGUUAGUGCUAGAAUGGAGUUCUUCUUAUGUUUCACAAGACGAAGAAGUUGAGAAAAUUGUUCUUGACAUUUUACAGCCCCAUACAAAUCUUAAAGAGCUCACAAUCAAUAACUUUUGUGGCAAAAAAAUUUCAUCUUGGAUAGGAGAUCCAUCAUUCUCUAAUAUGGUUUCUUUGAAAUUGGAUGGAUGUGAAAAUUGUAAGACCUUGCCUUCGAUUGGGCUACUAGGCUCACUUAAAAACCUCACCAUCAAGGGGAUGAAAAUGCUUGAAAAAAUAGGCUGUGAGGUUUAUGGGGAGAGUUGCUCAGAAUCUUUUCAAUUACUAGAGACUCUUCGUUUUGAGAAUCUGCCAGAAUGGGAGCAUUGGGAUCCUUUUGAAGAAAAGGAGCAUGCUGAAAGGUUCUCUCGUCUCAAACAGCUUUCCAUAUCACAAUGUCCUAAACUCUCUGGAAGAUUACCUACCCAUCUUCUUUCAUUAGAGAAACUUGGGGUUAGAGAUUGUCAGCAAUUGGUGGUUUCGUUCACAAGCCUUCCAAUGCUCUGCCGUUUAGAAAUAGAAAGAUGCAAAGGCGUGGUAUGCAAUAGUCCAAUUGACUCCCAAACAUUGAACCCUCUUCCUUCAUUGGAAACUGUUGUGAUUGAUAAAUGUGAGGAAUUAGAGAUUUCUCUCUCAAUCCUUCCAGUGCUCCGCUCGUUGGAAAUAAAUAGUGAAGAAUCAAAUGUUCCAGGGUUUAGAAGUUGGACCAGGGAGGGAUUUCAGAAAUUAGAAACUCUGAAAAUUGUUGGUUGGGAAGAGCUCACACAUUUGUGGGGAAAUGAGAUUUUUCUUGAGAAGCCACUACAAGGUUCCCAGAGCUUCACCUCUCUUAAAGAGCUGUACAUGGCAAAGCUUCCGAAUCUUGUUUUGUUUCCAGAUGGUCUCUAUCAUUCAUUGUGA